AUGUCGAAAACCGCAAAUUCCUAUGCGUUUUCGAUCAGGGAAAAAGAUGUGAUUAAGGUGAUUUUGGAGUUUUUGGAGUCGCGUGGAUUGCACAUUGCUCAGGUUAGUUUUUUUCCGAUUUUUUAUUCCCGUCAUUUUGACACCAAACAAGCCUAGCUACAAAAAAUGCGCCAGCAUAGCGUUUGCUGACGCCUUUUUUGUAGGUUCGCAAAAAGUCGAUUAUUUUCAUGAUAUCCAGGUGAUUCCCGUCAUUUUGACACCAAACAAGCCAGAUUUCCGCGGUGCACCGAAAAUGCGCCAGCAAGCUCUAUAGGGUUUGCUUGACGCAUUUGCGGUGCAGCUCGAAUUAUAGUCAUGUUUGGUGUCAAAAUGAUCAGAAUGAUUUGGAAAUAAUGAAAAUCACAGUGAAAACAUCCACAUCCUUUGCUGACGCAAAAAUCGUAGCUACAAAAAUCGCGUCAGCACCGAAUUUGCGUCAGUGAAGAGUUGGGAAGUUUUGCAUAGCAUUUCAAAGCUCUCCGUGCUAUUGUGAUUAUUUUGAGACUAAACAUAGAUUAGUUUUGAAAGUGCACCAGAAAUGCGCCAGCAAUCUCUAUAGAGGUUUGCUGGCGCAUUUUUGGUAGAUCUUCAAAUAUACCCUUGUUUGGUAUCAAAAUUACCAGGAACCCUUGCCGAUCACAAAUUUUAUAAUGAAAAUCCCCUUACUGACGCAUUUCUGGUGCUGACGCAUUUUUUGCAGCUCUCUUUGGAACGUGAAACCGGCGUGAUAAAUGGCGAGUAUUCGGACGAUCUACUUUUUUUGCGUCAACUCAUUUUGGACGGACAAUGGGAUAACGCAUUGGAUUUUGUGGAGCCGUUGAAAAGUUGCAAGGAAUUUGAUUUUCGCAGCUUUCGGUGAGUGACAAAAAUGCGUCAGCACACCGGAAACGCGUCAGUGAAGCUUUCUUCGUGUGAUUCUGAUCAUUUUGACACCAAACACGCCUAUUUUUGGUUGUGCACCAAAAAUGCGUCAGCAAGGUUUUGCUGGCGCAUUUUUAGUACCUCUCUAAAUUUCACCUUGUUUGGUGUCAAAAUAACCGGUAAGCUCUGGAGAUUACGAAAUUUCCAUAGAAAGUUCGAAAAACUCAAGAUUGAAGUCAACUUGGUGCUGAGUUGGUAGCUACGGAAAAUGCGUCAGCAUAGAGUCUGGUGUUAAAACAAACAGGAUUUUUGUGAUCCUUGUGAGAUUCCGGUCAGUUUGACACAAAAUAUGACUAUAUUUGGUUUUGCACCAGAAAUGCGUCAGCAAGCCCUAUAGGUCUUGCUGACGCAUUUCUAGUACCUCGAGAAAACUGGUCAUGUUUAGUGUCGAAAUACUCAGGAACAUGUGAAGAUUACAAAAAACUGACUAAAAACCUUUGCUGACGCAAAUCUGGUGCUGACGCAUUUCUGGUGCAUUCUCAAAUAUAGCUAAAUUAUAUAUGAUUCUGAAAAUCUGAAAAAAUAGCAUUUUCAUGAUCUUCAUAAGAUUCUGGUUGGUUUGACAUAAAAUAUGACUAUAUUUGGUUUUGCACCAGAAAUGCGUCAGCAUUGGGUAUAGAGGUUGCUGACGCAAUUUCGGUACCUCUCUGAAUAUUGUCUUGUUUGGUGUCAAACGAAUCACCAUCACCUGGAGAUCAAGAAAAACCACGUUUCACUGACGCAAACCCGGUGCUGACGCAAAUUUUGUAUCUUGUUUGGUACAGCGUUUUUGCAGCUACAACAUCACCAAAUAUAAAUUUUUCGAACUACUUUGCGUAAAACUCGAGCCCGGACCAUUACACGACAACGAUUUCGCAGUAGAAGAGCUCGUCGAAUGUCUCAAAGACCUGGAGCACAUUUGUCCGACUCCCGAAGAUUACCGUCAACUUUGCGCACUUCUAACUCUGCCAAAACUUUCGGAUCACGACGACUUCAAAUCGUGGAAUCCGUCAGCUGCCAGAUGCGAAUGUUUUCACAAAAUCCUAACACUAUGCGCUCAUUUGCUCCCGCCCACGGCCAAAGAAAAAUCGCGCCAAAAAGAGGAGCACAGCCAGAAUGACAGGUUGCUCGGAUUAUUGGCAAAAGGCCAAUUUUAUGAGGGAUGUGUCGAUUUUUGUCAGGCUCAAGCUAUUGGGGAUGUUAAAGGUGAGAUUUUCCCACAUUUUGAGACCUACAAGUUGUGCGUCAGCACCAGAAAUGGGCCAGUGAAGAGAUUUUAUUCAUUUUCGUUGCCGAAUCCAGCUUCUCUAUGUCUUUCUGAUCAGUUUGACACCAAACAUGACUAUAUUUGAAGCUGCACUGAAAAUGCGUCAGCAAUAGCUAUAGAGGUUGCUGGCGCAUUUCUGGUGCACUUCCAAAUAUUUCCAUGUUUGGUGUCAAAAUAAUCACAAUAGCACGGAGAGCUUUGAAAUGCUAUCCAAAACCUUCACUGACGCAAAUUUGGUGCUGACGCGAUUUUUGUAGCUACGAUUUUUGCGUCAGCAAAGGAUGUUGAAUGUGAUUUUUAUCAUCUCUAUAAUAUUCUGAUCAUUUUGACAUCAAGAAUGACUAUAUUUGAAGCUGCACCGGAAAUGCGCCAGCAAACCUUAUAGAUAUUGCUGACGCAUUUCUGGUGCACUUCCAAAAAUAGCCAUGUUUGGUGUCAAAAUUCUCCAAAUCGUCUGGAGAUUCCAAAUCUUCACCUCAAAAUUAUUUUCAGGCAUCGAAAACGGCCCGGCCUCAACCGGCCUGCUAAACAUCCGGCCGAAACUAGGCUCCACCGAUUUAUCCCUAAUUUGUUGGUUGGAAAUUGUGGGAAAAGAGCAAUUUGCACAGCCUUUCAAGCAAAAACAACUGGAAUUGAGGGUCGAAAAUGUGAAGUGAGUUGUUAUUUUUUUCGGGCUGUAGCUACAAAAAUCGCGCCAGCACCAAAUUUGCGUCAGUGAAGGUUUGGGAAGUUUUGAAUAGCAUUUCAAAGCUCUCCGUACCAUUGUGAUUUUUUUGAGACCAAACAUGGCUAUUUUUUGAAGUGCACCACAAAUGCGUCAGCAAUAGCUAUAGAGGUUGCUGGCGCAUUUGCGGUACAUCUCGAGUUAUAGUCAUGUUUGGUGUCAAACUGAUCAGAAAGAUAUGGAAAUAAUGAUAAUCACAGUGAAAACAUCCACAUCCUUUGCUGACGCAAAAAUCGUAGCUACAAAAAUCGCGUCAGCACCAGAUUUGCGUCAGUGAAGGUUUGCGAAGUUUUGAAUAGCAUUUCAAAGCUCUCCGUAAUAUAUUGUGAUUAUUUUGAGACCAAACAUGGCUAUUUUUUGAAGUGCACCAGAAAUGCGCCAGCAAUCUCUAUAGCGUUUGUUGACGCAUUUGCGGUGCAGCUCGAAUUAUAUUCGUGUUUGGUGUCAAACUGAUCAGAAAGAUGUGGAGAUAAUUAAAAUCACCGUGAAAACAUCCACAUCCUUUGCUGACGCAAAAAUCGUAGCUACAAAAAUCGCGUCAGCACCAAGUUUACUAAAAAUUUUCCAGAAAACCUAAAUUGGAAGCGCCGUGGACUGAGACAAUUAUGGCGACACCUAUCAAACCUGGCAACAAAUUUCCCACACAAUCUGGUAAGCCCCGCCCAUUUUUCUGUGCUCUGAAAAUCGCUAAGCUCCGCCCAUUUUCAUUACAGGUCCCAUCUUCCAAGCCGAAAUUCGCUGA